GUUCUUUUCCUCCCCUCAAUUCCGCCCUCUUUCAACCUUCAAAUCCAAACCCCUAAAACUUUCCUUUCACUUCUUCCCCCGACCCCAAAAAAAUUCGCUCCGUUCAAACACUCAUUCUCCUUUACGCCCAUGCCCCCGACCACGUCCCCGCCAUGCACCCCCACCACCUCCCUUUCCAUCACCGAAACCAUAAACGGUUCUCACCGAUUCACCAUCCAAGGCUACUCCUUAGCCAAAGGCAUCGGCGUCGGGAAACACAUCGCCAGCGAGAAUUUCACCGUCGGCGGUUACCAGUGGGCCAUUUACUUCUACCCUGACGGUAAGAAUCCUGAAGACAAUUCCUCCUAUGUUUCCGUCUUCAUCGCUCUAGCCAGCGAGGGCACCGACGUUCGCGCCUUGUUCGAGCUCACCCUCAUCGAUCAGAGUGGCGAAGGCAAGCACAAGGUCCAUAGCCACUUCGAUCGCUCCCUUGAGAGUGGGCCUUAUACGCUCAAGUAUCGCGGCAGCAUGUGGGGUUACAAGCGUUUCUUUAGACGGGCAAUGCUUGAAACGUCGAAUUUCCUAAAGGAUGAUUGCUUGAAAAUUCACUGUACGGUUGGGGUUGUGGUUUCUGCAAUAGACUGCUCAAGGCUGCACUCUAUAAAGGUCCCUGAGUCGGAUAUUGGAGCCCAUUUUGGUAUGUUACUGGAGAAUGAGGAAUGUUCUGAUAUUACUUUUAAUGUGCAAGGUGAAAAGUUUCAUGCGCACAAAUUGGUGUUGGCUGCUCGUUCGCCUGUAUUUGAGAGUGAAUUUUUUGACUCAUUGGAGGAAGACAAUCGUGAGAUAGUUAUUACAGAUACGGAACCUAAGGUUUUCAAGGCUUUGCUUCACUUUAUCUACAAAGAUACUCUGGUUGAAGAUGAGGAACUUUCUGUAUCAAGUUCAUCUUGCAUGUCAACUAUAUCCGAUACCUUGGUUGCAAAAUUGUUGGCGGCAGCAGACAAGUAUAACUUACCUAGACUCAGACUAAUGUGUGAGUCUGUACUCUGCAAGGAUAUAUCUGUAAAUUCUGUUGCCAAGAUUCUUGCCCUGGCUGAUCAUUAUUGUGCUCUGGAUUUGAAAUCUGUUUGCCUAAAAUUUGCUGCAGAAAAUCUCGUAGCUGUCAUGCGCUCAGACGGUUUUGAGUAUCUCAAAGAGAACUGUCCAUUACUGCAGUCAGAACUCCUAAAGACAGUGGCAGGAUGUGAGGAGGAUUUCAGUGCGGGGGGGAAGAGCCGAAGUGUAUGGGCACAGUUUUCAGAUGGGGAUGAUACAAAUGAUAGGAGUGUGAGGCAACAACCGUGGGAAAGUGGAGGGGAAAGAAGCCGAAGCUUAUGGGUCCAGCUUGAUGAUGGUGAUGCUAACAGGAGCCCUGGGCAAGCAGACUGAGAAUUUGUGUAAUUUGACUCUGGUUUCAUGACAUUGAUGGGAAAGAGAAGAGAGGAGAGCAAAAAGAAGGGAACUUUUCAUUAUCACUAAUGUGCUGGAUUUGAUGCCUCUGAUGGCAAAUAUGUAGCUAGAAGCCAAGUGUGUUUUCUCAAGGAACUUGUAAUUUAUCCUGAGAAAGGAGAAAACAGAAAAUGACUUCUAAUUUGUCCAGAGAAAUUGACUAAAAGAGGGGGAAAAUAUAUAAAGAAGGGGGGGAAGUCCCACUUAUUUUCAA